AAAAAAACGCUUUCUUGUCCGAUAAGCGAUAAUCUCUGUUUCUAAAGGUCACCUGAUUCAGGCUCUAUAGUGUAAAUAAUUUUUUUUUGGCUCUCCUUAGACACCAUUGCUUCGAGGCUCUGUUCACUGCUAUCGAGCCAUGGCUGCAAAAAUUCUUGCCAACUUGAUUAUAAUGGGCUCUGGGAUAUUAGGAAGGGCUAUGGUCCAAGCAUACCGUCAAGCACUUCAAAAUGCCUCUAAAUCUGGUGUUGCUCAAGAAGCAUUUCAGAAUCCCAUGCGCAGAGUUAGAAAAAUCAUGACCGAACAAGAAGCAAGGGAGAUUCUUGGUGUCACUGAGAAUGCUGCUUGGGAGGAGAUCUUGAAGAAGUAUGAUUCUUUGUUCGAGAAUAAUGCUAAGAAUGGGAGCUUUUAUCUUCAGUCAAAGGUACACAGGGCUAAGGAAUGUUUAGAAGCUGCAUACCAAAGCAAAGGUCCGGAAACAGCAGGUUGAGAAUCUGGUAGACUUUCCUCUUCAUUUGGUUCAUUGUGCUGUCAUGUUCUCCGCCUGAUUUUCUUUAUAAUUAAUAUUCUUUAUCCAAAGAUAGGAAAAAAAUUUGUACCCCACAUUUUUCCCUCAUGUUUUGAACUAACCUUGUAUCUAAUGACUAGCCCAAUAAAUUUUGAAAUUUGCAGUUUAUUCAUGGAAAACCAGAUUCUCUCUCUCA